GACUGUGAGCUUCGUUCGUUCAGUUCAUCCGUGUUCUUGUUUGCGAGGUCGAGAGAGAGAGGAUGUCGUGCUGCGGAGGCAACUGUGGGUGCGGCUCCGGCUGCAAGUGCGGCAACGGCUGCGGAGGGUGCAGCAAGAUGUACCCGGACAUGGCUGAGCAGGUGACCACCACCACCCAGGCUCUCAUCAUGGGUGUCGCACCAUCCAAGGGGCACGCCGAGGGCGGGUUCGAGGCGGCCGCCGGAGCUGAGAACGGCGGGUGCAAGUGCGGCGGCAACUGCCAGUGCGACCCCUGCAACUGCGGCAAGUGAGCUAGGUGCUCCACCCUGCAGGCCGGCCGGAGGAAGCUAGCUAAUUAUAAAGCUUAAUAAAGUAUAGCGGCGUCGCUGUGUGUGUUUCGAGUCAGUCAGUCAGUUGCGUGCCAUGGCAUGCUCUGAGUCUGAGAUGAUGAUGAUGGCUGAUGGCGGCGUCGUGUCCUCCCCUGGCCUCCUGGGGCGCUUCUGGCGAGCAGUGUGUUGUGUUGUGUGGGUGCCGCACGCUAGCAGGCUAGCCAUGUGCCCUGCUGUGUUGUGUCACCAUCCAUCUAUAAUCUUAUCCAUACCCCACCUUUUGUGUGAUGCGUGUACCCUUUCCUGAUGUCUG